AAAAGUUGGCCUGUUUUGCUCUUCCCCCUAAGCGGCCUGAGGUGACCUCUGAAAAUGGUUCGCUAUUCGCUUGACCCAGAAAACCCUACGAAAUCAUGUAAAUCAAGAGGUUCAAAUCUUCGUGUUCACUUUAAGAACACACGUGAAACUGCCCAGGCCAUCAAGGGUAUGCAUAUCGGAAAAGCCACCAAGAAUCUGAAAGACGUCACUUUACAGAAGCAGUGUGUGCCAUUCCGUCGCUACAAUGGUGGAGUUGGUAGGUGUGCCCAGGCCAAACAGUGGGGCUGGACACAGGGUCGGUGGCCCAAGAAGAGUGCUGAAUUUUUACUGCACAUGCUUAAAAAUGCAGAGAGUAAUGCUGAACUUAAGGGUUUAGAUGUUGAUUCUCUGGUCAUUGAGCACAUCCAGGUGAACAAAGCCUCCAAGAUGCGGCGUAGAAUGUACAGGGCUCAUGGUCGGAUUAACCCAUACAUGAGCUCUCCCUGCCACAUUGAGAUGAUCCUUAGUGAAAAAGAGCAGAUUGUUCCUAAACCAGAAGAGGAGGUUGCACAGAAGAAAAAGAUAUCCCAGAAGAAACUGAAGAAACAAAAACUUAUGGCCCGGGAGUAAAUUCUGCAGAAUAAAGGCAAAUAAAAAUAAAAAGAGAAAAAAAA